AGGGGCCGCCAUUUUCGGUGAGGAGAGGGGGCGGAGCCACGGGCUGCUCAGUCAGGCUAGGGAGCUGAAGCCGGGAAGAAGCGGCGGAGGUGGCGGUGGCGGUUUUGGGGGGUCCCGCCCGACUGACAGCCGGCUGGGAAUGUAUGACAACAUGUCCACAAUGGUAUAUCUAAAGGAAGAAAAGUUGGAGAAGCUUACUCAAGAUGAAAUUAUUUCUAAGACUAAGCAAGUGAUUCAAGGACUAGAAGCACUAAAGAAUGAGCACAAUUCCAUCUUACAGAGUUUACUAGAGACACUGAAAUGUUUGAAGAAAGAUGACGAGACCAAUUUGGUGGAGGAAAAAUCAAGCAUGAUACGAAAGUCUUUGGAAAUGUUGGAACUGGGACUCAGUGAAGCACAGGUAAUGAUGGCCUUGUCAAAUCAUUUAAAUGCAGUGGAAUCGGAGAAACAGAAAUUACGUGCUCAGGUCCGUCGGCUAUGCCAGGAAAAUCAGUGGUUAAGGGAUGAACUAGCUAACACCCAGCAAAAAUUACAAAAGAGUGAACAAUCUGUGGCUCAGCUGGAAGAAGAAAAGAAGCACCUUGAAUUUAUGAACCAGUUAAAAAAAUAUGAUGAUGAUAUAUCCCCUUCCGAAGAUAAAGACACAGAUUCUACCAAAGAAGCACUGGAUGAUUUAUUCCCCAAUGAUGAAGAUGACCAAGGGCAAGGAAUUCAACAGCCACACAGCAGUGCAGUGGCUGCAGCACAACAAGGUGGCUAUGAGAUUCCAGCAAGGUUAAGGACUCUUCAUAACCUUGUUAUUCAGUACGCUUCCCAGGGCAGAUAUGAAGUUGCUGUCCCCCUCUGUAAACAAGCACUUGAAGACCUGGAGAAGACUUCAGGCCACGAUCACCCUGAUGUUGCCACUAUGUUGAAUAUACUUGCAUUAGUGUACAGAGAUCAGAAUAAGUACAAAGAUGCAGCAAACUUGCUGAAUGAUGCCUUGGCUAUUCGUGAGAAGACCUUGGGCAAAGAUCAUCCUGCGGUUGCAGCCACCUUAAACAAUCUUGCUGUGCUUUAUGGGAAAAGAGGCAAAUAUAAGGAAGCUGAGCCUUUGUGCAAGAGAGCUUUGGAAAUCAGAGAGAAGGUCCUGGGGAAAGACCAUCCCGAUGUUGCCAAACAAUUAAAUAAUUUGGCCUUACUAUGUCAGAACCAGGGUAAAUAUGAGGAAGUGGAAUACUACUAUCAACGAGCACUUGAAAUCUACCAAACUAAGUUGGGACCAGAUGACCCCAAUGUUGCAAAGACAAAGAAUAACUUGGCAUCCUGCUACCUGAAGCAAGGGAAAUUUAAGCAAGCAGAAACUUUGUAUAAAGAGAUCCUAACUCGUGCCCAUGAAAGGGAAUUUGGCUCUGUAGAUGAUGAGAACAAGCCCAUCUGGAUGCAUGCUGAAGAAAGAGAAGAAAGCAAAGGAAAGCAAAAAGAUGGCACAUCCUUUGGGGAAUAUGGAGGCUGGUACAAAGCUUGCAAAGUUGAUAGUCCGACAGUCACAACAACCUUAAAGAAUCUCGGGGCACUUUACAGACGUCAGGGCAAAUUUGAAGCUGCUGAAACAUUAGAAGAAGCAGCAAUGAGGUCUCGCAAACAGGGUCUUGACAAUGUUCACAAACAGAGAGUUGCCGAAGUCCUUAAUGAUCCUGAAAGUAUAGAGAGACGGCGAAGCCGCGAGAGCCUCAAUGUCGAUGUGGUAAAGUAUGAGAGUGGCCCUGAUGGAGGAGAGGAAGUGAGUAUGAGCGUAGAAUGGAAUGGGGCCUAGAUGCCUUUUCUGAUUCUUACACUGUCUCCUGCAUGGCGGGUGUGCACCAUCUUCAAGCUCUAACUUCUCUUCACUACUGACAGCUGUGUAUUUAGCAAUUCCUUAAUACUCUGAUCAGAGCUACACUACUUGUAAAAAAUGCCACUUCUUCAGUGCUGGUGUCUGUCAUUUCAGAUAGCGGGGGUCCUCUUUUUUUCCUGUACAUGUGUAGCUUUUGCCAGAUACGUAUCUAGUUCUACAAAAUGUGGUGUUACUUACCAUUUGCUGUGUAACAUGAAAAAAACCCCUACGAAUGAAGUUUAAAAGUAGAUGUUUCACUACGGUGAAAGGUAGUUUAAAAGUUUCUUGCAAGGUAUUCUUACAAUGGCAUGAUGGUGACCUUUACAGAAUAAACAGUCUAAAAAAACAAAUAUAAAAAUGUAAGGCAUGUGCUCACAGUGCUUUAAAGUGUAUUUAGAGACCUAUAACAUGGUUUAACAUCAAUAUGGAACUCUGGAUGUUUUCACUUAUGCUUAUACUAAAGUAGCAAUGCUGUUUAGUCUUCAUGUGAAACUUCAGCAGUUAUGCUUUUCUCUACUAAUCUUGGUGUUGGGUGACUUUGUGUAUUGUCUUUCUAACUUCUAAUAAACUCACUCCAACUGA